CGUCUAUUUGCGAUACAGAGUGCAAUGGAAAAGACCAACAACAUUCGUUUGAAAAUUUGUAAGAGAAGCUCGCUUAUUUUCUAAUUCUUGAUAUUGAUGCAUGAAAUCUGUUCUAUAAUGAAGUAUUUGUUCAAAGCUUUGUUCAAGGACGAACUUUGCAUACUAAUGAUUUCAUAUACAGUGUUGGUUGUAUAUGACUCAUGAAGUGGUGCUAAGUGUCACAAACAGGUAGGCAGGACUGAGAAAGGCCCUUAUUUCAAAGAAACAAAACAGAACAAAAUUCAGAAUCUGAAUCGCGUGCUUAGAAAACAGCCGUUUACCGACAGGCUAAACUAACGCCGUAUGUAUGAAUAAUUUGCGAUUGCUUUUGUUAACGAUCUGCGUGAAAUCUUCCUUUUUAAGCGAUUUUUGUUAUAUCAUAAGGUACUUUUUAACCAAUCUUUACCUAAACUUUUGAGAAAAAGUAAUCAUAAUCAGAGGCAACAGAAAUAUCAUUACAAAUUUGUAAAUCUCUUCUGCUACACUAGGUUGCUAUUUAUGUCAAAUCAACCCACCUUAUUAAUUAUUUCAGAUACGUAAAGGAGCCGAAGAAUCACUCUUUAACUUGGCCGACAUGGUGACGAACUCGUCGCUUUUAAAUGGAUCCUCUGUUCCGUUUACCAGCAGUGAACUACCAACUACAAGUCCUCGAGGAAGAGAUACCAUGGAUGGCCCGGGUGAUGCUGUUUGGAUUUUAACCAGUGCUUUCAUCAUUUUCACGAUGAUUUCGGGAUUUGGACUUGUAGAAUCUGGUAGGCUUAUUCUUGGGAUUUCAGUUGGUUCCUGAUGCUUGAAACACCGAAUUAAAAAAUUAGAAAUGUAUCGUUUUAAUUUACUUCAUAUUUCGAGUUUUCGAGAUCUUUAUUUCACGUUAUCCUAAAUGAUUGUUAAGUUCAGUUCACCAGUGAUGUCAAAUUUGUAAUCAUGGGGUUUUUAAGAUGGAACUUAUCAUGUCUUCCUCGGCUUAUGGAAACGAAACUCGAAAUUUCCCAUCAGCAUUAACCGAAAUCCAAAGAUCUUGAAGGUUUUACCUUCACAAUAUCAGUAAAAGAAAAUGACAGAAUAGAAGACUGAACUAGGGAAGGCAUAAACUCCAUUAGUGGACGGACUUUUUUUAAAACACGCCAGCUCGCAUUUUGUCGAUUAAAUUCACCCUUGACUUCUUAUUUGCAAGUAGACGAAUUAAUUUUGGAUCUGUCAAAAAAUAAUAUUUUAAUUGUUUCCUCUUCGCUUUAUAGUGUUCGUAAUGCGUUUCCGAACGCGGAUUCGUGAGAUUCGCCAAAGGUUUUUCCUACCUCAUGCGUUAGUCUUACCAUAUGUUUACUCGACAUAUCAAUUUUAGUUUCCUGUUUUUUGUAGAAUAUGAUAACUUCCUAUAUUGCAAAAUUCGCCCUUACGUCAAAUAUGUCAUUUAUGAAUUUUUUUUUCCUGUUUCGCAUUUCUUCAUGUGGCUAAUUGUUCUAUUUCUCCACCUGUAAGUUGGCUACCAAUGGCCUUGUCAUGCAUGUCUUGCAAUUAUUCUCUGGCAAGUUAUUCCAUUAAGAGCCUGGAUAAUGCUGCCUAAGCUCUGUUUACAUCAAAGCCGUAUUUUAAUGAAAUCAUAAACACGAGUAGAAAUCGGGAGUCUGCUAAAUAAUCCAAUCAUAAACCAGCAAAAUAAUUUAAGUAAGCUUUCGCACGAAAAUAUAUACAUGGUAGCUAAUCGUCUCAAAAGGGGUAUUUUCAGAGGAGAGCUUAAAUUAAAUGGUUCAUUGCUAUGCCUCAUUGUAGGAGAAAAUAUUAUGGUGAUACACAAGAGGCUCGCCUCUGCAAAUAAAACAAAAAUAAAAUAAUAAGGAUAGCAAGAACUCCCUUAAUUUGCGGUUUAAUAGUGGCGUUGAAAUUAGACAUUUCAAAUUAUCUUAACGAGAAGAAGAUUUGGAUCACGUGAUUCUAGGUGUUUGGCAAACUGUUCUUAGCGACGGCAAAUUUGGCUUUUAAAUUCUAUUUUCUGCUAGUGAGGAUAUUGUUCUAUGGGAUGGUAAGUAGCUAUAGAGGUUUGCAGCGCCAUCUUAAAAUAACAGUGACUACAAGUAUACCUUCAACUCUCUUUCCUGGAUCAUUGAAGGAUGAGCUGACAAACAGACUGUUAUUCUCGAGAACAAUUUUUUGUAUUUAAGCCUUUGGUUUGCCUUAUUAGGGUGGAAAAUUUGGCCUUUGGAAACACCAAAUGAAAGCUUAUUUCUAACCUGUGACAUAUGCGUUUUUGUCGUUGCCCGUUGCGUAAGAGGCCAAAAUUCUAAAACAGUACUACCUGAGCUCUGUUCCGACGAAUCCUAACACACGAAACCGGUUCCAUUAUCGCUAAUAUGUGAUUAGCUGUAUCUUAAAGGGAAUAUUCAUUGCUCUGACUGUGAAGGAGAACAAGCUUUCUGACACUUUUUGGCUGCAACAUAAAAAAAGUGAUUAAUUAAAACAUCAGGAAAAGUUCACUCGUCAUAUCAUUAAGUACUCCAGUAUUUUAAUUUAGAUGUGCAAUUUGGAUAUGGUCAAUAAUUUUUCUAUUGCUUAUAUCUAGGUAUGGUCUCUAGGAAGAACGAAGCAAAUAUAAUGGUGAAAAACGCUGUUGAUGUUAUAUUUGGCGGCCUGGGGUUCUGGAUGUUCGGCUUUGCUUUCACUUUUGGAAAGGACGAAGGUGCAAAUGCAUUCUCUGGCUAUGGAAGCUUUUUCACAGACGCAGAGGAGACGCGAAUGGGCGACGUGUUCGCACUUUAUUGUUUUCAAGCCUCUUUUGCCACUACCGCUACAACCAUCGUUUCAGGAGCAGUAGCGGAGAGGAUGAACUUAAAGGCGUACAUAAUAUUUGCCUUUACAAAUACCCUAACAUAUUGCUUCCCAGCCCACUGGGUAUGGGGGGACACAGGCUGGUUACGUAAGAUGGGAGUGGUCGACAUGGGUGGGGCCAGUCCAGUACAUCUUGUGGGAGGAGUCGCAGGUCUGGUCGCAACUAUCAUGCUCAAGCCCCGAGCUGGAAGAUUUAAAAGCUGUUCAGAUGCAAAUGCACCCUUGACGCACAAAAUGGGAAGUCCAACGAAUGUAUUGCUUGGUAUGUACGGGUAUUUAAACUUUUAACUUUGGGUUUGAGAUUUCAUACUUCAGUCGAUAAGUCAGUUUGUUUAAAAAUCGGUCAAUGAAUCGGCUAGUAACUUAGUCAUUCAAUCCGUCAGUCAGUUAUUUGGUCAGAUUCCUCGGCAGUCAUGAUUUGAGUCAAUAAUAUGAUUAGUUCAUAUACCAUUUAUUUUAAAUUAAUAUUUCUGGAUAUUUACCACUAUAUUUGUACCGUUAUAAGAAAUUUCUUUAAAUUUUUACGGAAGAGAAACUACGUUAUUCCUCCUAUUUCUCUUAUUACAGGAAUGUUCAUGCUAUGGUGGGGUUGGCUCGGUUUUAACUGUGGAAGCACAUUUGGGGUCAGCGGUGGAAGAUGGAAGCUUGCCUCUAGGUCUGCGGUCUGUACCAUAAAUGCUUCAUGCGGUGGUGGUGUUUUCGCUACUUUUUACAGCUACUUUAAAUGCAACAGGUGAGAUAGCAGGCAUCAUUGCCAAACGAUAAUUUCCUGAACGUGAUGCAUGCAUGUUUUAAGGCAACUUUUUGUAAGUUCUUAAGCCCCCCUUAAUUCUUUGUUUCGUUUGGUCACUUAGACAGUGAGGUUGAGAGGCUUGUAAAUGAAUGAUUCCAUAGACGAAAAAACCAACUUUUCAUACAGUCCUGCCAAUAAAUACUGGAUAUGUCUUUUUGAAUUGAUGAUAUCCGAGCUUUCAAUAUUUUAAGGGUUUGAGUCCGAAACGCAUCUACACUCAAGGUCAUCUGAGUGAGAUUUUGUAUCUUUGCGAUGUCAUCUACUAGCGGUAAGGUUUUCAAAUCUUCUCGGGAAAGGACACGAAGAAACAUCGCUUUGACAAUGGCCAUAACUGUGACAACCAAUGAUCUCUAGGUAGGAGUCAUUGUUAAAUUUAGCUUCCCAACCACUGUUUAAUCAAGGACAGAAAUGUAAGGGUAUCAACGAUAAACUAACAUCUUACGUUUCUCUUCUAGGUUGGACAUUCCUUUCUUCAUGGUUGGAGUACUUGGUAGCCUCGUCAGUAUCACUGCCAUAUGUGGUGUUGUGAGACCUGGAGAGAGUUUAGCAAUAGGCUUCAUUGGUUCAGCAAUUUCUAUCCUUGGCUGGCAACUUCUAAGCAAACUCAAAAUUGAUGACCCUGUAGGUGCAGUUCCUACCCAUGCAGGAGGCUCUAUAUGGGGGAUGUUAGCUGUUGGACUCUUUGUUGAAAAAGACACCCUUGAGAAUACUUUCUCCUCAACUUAUGGUGCUUUCAAAGGCGGUCAUGUGAAGAUACUUGGUGUGCAGCUUUUGGCAUGUGUGUCCAUAACAGUAUGGACCGUCAUAACAGUUUUUAUGCAGCUUUACAUCAUUGAAAAAUCUGUGGGGCUGAGAUUCCCACUUGAGGAAGAGAUCCUCGGAGCUGAUGCCUGUGAACAUGGAAUUGACCAGUCACAAGCUAGACCUGAGAACCGGGUACGCCCCGUGACAGGGUCACAGAAUAGAGUGUUCCCCAUAGGCGACGAUGGACAUAUUGGAGAAGCGGAUUCAAAUCCCCCAAAAAAUCCUUCAGCACGUAAUGGAACUUCUAAACCUGGAAGUGAUGACACCAGACUGCAAGACUGUGAAGAAUCUGCCACUGAAUCGAUAUCCGAACUAUCGUUAGAGAGCAUCCCGGGAUAUGAUAAAACGACACACAGAAAACAACACAGUUCAUUCCAUGAAGCCGAGAAUAACUUUGAUUCUGACAGUUCCGGCAAUGUUUUUAGAAAAAGGUGGGAUAAAGUUCUCCAAUCUACGAGAAAAGUCAGCUUCUCCGAGAAAAAUGGGGAUAGAGACGUCCCUAAUGAAUUUUCCCAGCCUAAGGCGAAAGUUCCCGUGGUCAUAACCCUCACACCAGCGGAUGAAAGUCGGGAAUUAAGGCUGAGUUUAAAUGACAUGAGAAAACUGACAAAGUAAAUGCUUUAAAACCUUUAUUAUCAAGAUCUAAAAAUGGUGGUAAAUUUCAUUCAAAAUCCACUCGCAAAGAUGCUGUUCUUUUAGAAUGGAGUAAUUGCUUUGCAUAUUCCAAUGCAGGUUAGAGAGUGAUCGAAAAGAAGGUGCGAAUAGAUCUUUAUUCUUUAGUUUUGGCCUAAUUAAUUUGUUGCUAUAACGAAGAUUUGUCUCAUAGAAAGGCCCCCCCUUGUAAAUAAACGGUUCAAAUAUCGAUUAAUUCGUAGUGCUAAACAUAUUAACCUUUGAAUCGUCAUAAAAAGGUGACCUUUUACGUUUUGUAUAAUGUCUUGUGCAAAUAAAGUUAAGGUACGUUGGCCUUGUGUGCUUUAAUUUCAUUUACCUAUUAUUUAAUGGAUGGUUAUCUGUACAGUUUGGAUAAGCUCAGUCCCAAAAUAGUGAUACCAUGCUGGCGCAAAACACUAAGUUAAAAGCUUGAUUGCUACUUGUUUUCAAUGUAAUGAAUAUUUAUC